AUGAGCUUAUAUUACCUCAAGCAGACGGUAUUUGCCUCUCGUUUGGUUGAUUUUCAUUUUCAUGACUUCAAUAUACGAUGUAAAAGAAACCAUAACGAAGAACGGUACCAAGAUUCCAGUAAGUAUCCUCCGGGUAACUUACAAAGGCGACUCCUCACCCCCUUUGCAUGGCAAGAACUUACAGAGCCGACGGAAUCAAUGGAUAUAUUUUUGCAGGAAGACGACGACGAGGAUAGUGAGAUUCUAAGAGAGUUGUCCAACGAUGAGAAGAAUGAGGGUGACGAUCAAGAUAAAAUGGAUGUACAAGAGGACGAUGCAGAGAACAAUGAUGAACAGGAUGAGUACAUAUAUGAGGAUAUUUACAUUUCUUCCACUACGAUAUGCAUCGGUGGAAAACGACGGUUUCAGUUCCACGGCUCGGUGCUAAGCGCAUGCGUACUUCCCGGCAACAAUGAAAGUAAAGGUGAAGAUUCCCUUAUCAUAACGUUAGAAAGUGGAUUUUUAUUGAUUCUCAGGGUCCAAUUGAUGUCUGAUGGUUGUUUGGAGCCUAUAAUUGUACAAAGGUUUGGCCUUUCUAAUGGUAGCAACGAAUCCAAGCUUGUGAAAUUGGGUUAUCACGUGACAUGCUUUAGGCCAGGGAAUUUGGUGGCUGUCUCUGCAUUUUCCAACGUGAUUCGGUUGUUCAAGGUUGAGUAUAAUAAGUUUGGAAUUCCUGCGCUUACAAGUUCCACCAAUCUACUAACUGCUGGUAUCAUCCUAAAGACAUGUUUUUUGGAACCUGCACGUGAUGACCAUGUCAUGAUCUUGAAUCUCGUCUCUACUGAUAACAUGAUGCUUCAUCUCGAAUUUAACGAGUUUUAUGUGAGUAAGGAGUUGGCUAGUUCAGUUAAGAAGUCGGUUUUCUCUAUGCUUUCUGUGAAAUUUGAAAUCCCUUAUUUUAUAGUACCAUUGGAGGACACUAAAGGUGUCCUUUUUAUUCAAGAGACCCAAUGUUCCGUUCGAGGUUCGAGCUAUUUUCUCUCUCGGGAUGAAUCUGACAUGUUCAGUCUUAACUAUCCGCUUACAUCAACAGGAAAGGUUUUCAAGCCCACUGCUUAUUACAUUCCGAAGUCAGAGGUUACAUGUCUUCCCUGUGAAGAGUAUGACGAUCCAGAACUCUGCAAGCAGCAGGUACUUGUUUCAAGCGCUCCUCAUGCAUUAUACUUACUUGAUAUCUUCUACCAUAUUAAAAAAUCAGAAUGGCGAAUGCAGCUAAGAAAAUUGUUCACCCAGCCGGCGGCUUUCACUCAUUUUGCUAUGGAAGAAGUGGCCCCGCUGCGCUACGAUUUGACAUAUACCAACGAUAAGGGAAACUGUGAAACCAAAGACAUACAGCUUGUUCCCAGAAGAAGUGGAAAAGAAGGUUAUGCUAUGAAAGUCGUCGGCAAAGAAUCAACAGAAACCUGCUGGUUCCCGCUGUACGACUUCGCCGUGGUGGAUUCGUUUGGAUCCAAGUCAGUUACGAUGACAUCUGCCCAGGAGUUUUGGUGUCUUGGUCGAACAGGAAAGAAAAGUGCUCUUUUUUGUUUGAGAAAGGGUAUACCUGCUUCCAAGUAUCUGGUCAUGUCGGAAUUUAAGGGUGCCCAGAAAUUAUACAUGUUUGUGAAUGAAGAAUCUCAUUGCUAUUAUGUUGCCUCCUUCCCAUAUAAAUCCAUGAUAUUCUGCAUUGAAGAUUCCACUGAAGACAAUGAUGAUGUAGUUAUGGUUCUUGAUGAUUUUGGUACAGCAGAAGCGACAGUUCACUUCGGCAGUUUGGGCAAUAAUCGAUUCAUACAGAUUUUUGAAGAUGGAUUUAGAAUUGGUGGCUUUCAGAGAUUAGAUUCUAUGAAGUCUUUCAAGUCUUCAUAUCCAAUUGUACUUGCAGCAUCGGAUCAGUCCUACGUUGCUGUUGCCUACGAGUCUAAAAAGGAGGAUAAUAUUGUGAUGACAGUGGAGUGCUUUCGUGUGGCGGAUAAUACUAAUGACUUGAUUCCUGUAGCCAUUGAGGCGGAUGCUCUACAUAGUCAGCUUUCGAUGAUACAGUUUAUUAGAACAGGUGUCCGAUUAUACUUGGCUCUAGGAGAUUUUGAUAAUGGUCUUCAUUUUUAUUGUCAGCAAGAUGAUGAGAAAUUCAAGUAUGUUAGUACGUUGAACAUUGCAUUUGCUCCAAAUUCGGAAGAAUGUUUUACUCUAUGCCAUAGUCUGUGUGUGGUAGAUGAUGAGAAUGUGGUCCUCACCUCCAAGGAUGGCUCAUAUAUAGUGUUGAAGCACGAUGAGGAGACGGAGAGUUUCAUUAUUGCGUGCACGGUGCAUAUUGGAAAUUACCCCGUAGAUAUUGUUCCUUGUGGAGAAAAGGAGUUUUACCUUGUCUCUAAAUGUUUUUGGAAGCUAGAUCUAAAGCAGUCUGUCUUUCCUAAACGUAUCUGGGUGUCUGAAGGCUCUGAUAGACGCUGUAUUUCCUGUGUUCUGCUACCGAGGUCGGGACAGGAAUGGAUAUCUCAACAUAUGGAUGAUCAUUUAUUGGCUAUAAGAGACGACGGAUUGGAUCAUAUAUACGUCUCCGGAUAUGUGUCUUCGAACUAUCGAAAAGUGAACCUCGGGGUACAGGGACUUCGAAUGAAAUACUACGAACACCAGCGAUUGUUCAUAGUGAUUUCUGUCGAUUUCCCUGAUCUGAAUAAGUUGAUCUUCGUAGAUCGUGGCUCAAGAAGGAUUCUAAAAAGCGAUGAAAAGGAAAAUAAUAUAUUCAGAGCGGACGAGUAUCCAGUGACCAUCUACGAAUGGAAGAUACCCUCAAUAAAACGUGACGCUUACAUUCAUCACCAUAUCGUUGUGGGAUGUCUUCAGAGGGAUACCGGAGGAGGAAGCAUAAAGAUAAUUGAGAUCAAAAAAUCUAGAGAAAAUGUUGCUCUUCGUCUUCUAUAUUCUUGGGAUGAGUCCGCUCCUGUUUAUGCAGUCAAUCAACUAUCUGAUUCUACGUUGGUUUACGGCUCUGGAUUGAGUCUUCUCAUGAAGAGAUAUCUUCCUGAGGAGAGCCGAAUGGGAGAUUCUAUUAAAGCACACGAGUUUUUAUCUAUGGUUAAGGGAAUUAGCGUGGUGCAAAAAUCCAAUGAGGUUCUUAUUAAUACAGCUAAAGAUUCAUUUUACAAGUUCAAAUAUGACGGAGAUAAUCUCCAGAGUAUUCAGAAUGGAUCUGUUGCCAGAGUAUUAUCUUCAAAUUCCAUCUGUCAUAGAUCUAACUGGUCUGAGGAUGAUGAGAGCAAUGUAUCAUCGGUAAUUACGGUGGCAGAUAAAGAGCAUUGCACCGUCUCCACGCUGAGGUUGAAAAAUUAUGGGAACCUUUUUAACUCCUCUUCGACGGAGGUCAAUGCAAAGGUUCCGUUUAUCCCAAGAAUCCUUGCUUGCGAUUUCAGACCUGUAUGGAGAAGCGCACGCAAAGAUGGUACAAGAGAACAAUCCGUGGAUAGCUUUUUAGCAGUGGGAAUCAAUGGACAAAUAGAUCUCUUUACUUUGAUAACCAAGGUCCAGUUCGAUCUUUUGAAAGACUGUCAAGAUCACCAACUUAAUGCUACAAAAGAUUCUAGGUUUCUUCCUCUUAGAGAUCUCUGCCCAUUAGAGUUGGUCGAUUCCUCAUCCAAAGGCCUUCUAGAAGACUUCAACGUGAUUAACGGAGACUCUCUAAAGGAUAAAUUGGAUCAAGUCGGUAACCUGAGGGUCGAUGAGAUUCUUCACAUGUCCCAAAUGUAG